AUGCAAACCGUUUUAAGUAACCUGACUAGUUCUACUGAACAAUUCGAUGAGAACUCUUCUCUACUCUCCUUAUUGUCACUCUUCCUUUGCCUGUUUGGCACUGAUGCCAAAUGCAUUUGGUAUGGAAUAGCUGUCCAUUCGGAAGACCACCCGCGAUACAGGGCCUAUGAUGGACCUGGUCGGCCGCUCAACGAUGCAGAUGCUUUCAAAAUUUUGUCAAAGCUAUGUCCCAACUAUGCGUUAGCUCCGGACACACCACUUUGCUGUGACAAGGAGCAGCUGCAGUUCUUUCAGAACUCUUCCAAAGCAGCUUAUGAGUUACUUCGAAGGUGUCCGGCAUGCUGGGCUAAUUUUCGUCUACUCUUCUGUGCCAUGACUUGUGACCCGGAACAGGCUAACUUUCUCAAUCCGACCAUCGUAGACAAUUAUGUCGAAUCAGUAGCGUUCAACUUGACAAAUUCGGUCGCCAACACAUUUUUCAAUAGUUGCAAGGAUGUCCAAUUUCCCGGUGGACAUGCCAUUGAUUCAAUCUGUGGGACAACUUCCUGCACACCAGAACUUUUGCUGAAAGGCCUUGGGGGUAGUCAAAGUCCAUUUCCAGUGGAAUACGACAUUGUUGCGGAUGGAGAGAAGGCAUUUGAUCAACAGUUUUACUUCUGCAACGCGACGGUUCCCAGGCGUCACCUGGAUUCAGGCGGUCCAGCUUGUUCAUGCCUAGACUGCGAGAGCUCGUGCGUUCCGCCUCCAGAACCACCCGCGCCCACUCCCAUACCGAAAGUAUUUGGUUUUGAUGUGUGGUGGGUGGCGGCCUUUUUCACUUUCCUGGUGUUGGUCCUCGUGUUCGUCGUGGUCCAGGUUGUCUUGUAUUUCUGUGAGAAACGUCGUCGGGGCGAAUUGCAAUCUGGCAGUUGGCCUGAAGAUAAGGAAGACCGACGCAGAACGCAGGAAGGACCGUCCGAAGCCGGUUCACCCAAAUGUCUGCUGCGGUUGCAGACGAAAUUGGAAUGUUGGAUGUCUCGGGGCUUCAGUCUUCUUGGUCAGACGGUGGCUCGGCACCCGUACAUCACUCUUUUGUUAUCACUGUUAAUCUCCGGGGCGUUAUGUGCUGGACUCACGAAAUUCGACGUCACCACCAACCCUGUGGAGCUUUGGUCUGGCCCAGAGUCCCGCUCGCGGCAGGAGAAGAACCAUUUCGACCAAAAUUUUGCACCGUUCUACCGAACCGAACAGAUCAUCAUUCGUCCGAAAAAUCAGUCGAACUUUACUCAUGCCGGACUGUAUCCUGCUGCAGACGACGCCAUUUUCGGACCAGCACUGAGAAAAGAGUUUCUUGAUAAGGUUUUGGAGCUUCAGCUGGAACUCAAAGAUUUCAAAGUCUAUUCCUCAGAAUUUCGCCAAAAUAUCAGCUUGGCGGACAUUUGCUUCAAGCCGCUAGAGCCGGACAAUCUGAAUUGUGCCAUCACCAGUCCUCUUGAAUACUUCCAGGGUGACCCUGUGGUUUUCAACUAUACGAUGGAAGAAUGGGGCGUAGUUGUGGCGGACUAUAUGGACCAUAUGAUGUUUUGCGCACACUCUCCGGUCUCGAUUGGAGGUUCCUUCCCCAACACUUCCGUGAGUUGUCUCGGUGCCUCCGGUAUGCCUAUCCUACCCGCUCUGGCUUUCGGUGGAUUCAAUGGUACUUUCUACAAUGGAUCGACAUCUGUUGUUCUGACAUUUGUGGUGAAUAAUCAUCCGAAUCCUCGAUCCGAUUUCGUCCGGAAAGCAGAGACUUGGGAAGCGGAAUUCCUCAAGCGAGUGAAAAAAUGGGCAAAAGAGAAUGAGGAUCUCGUCGAAGUGUUUUACCAAGCUGAGCGGUCUGUCGAGGAUGAGAUCAACCGCCAGUCAGAUGCUGAUGUUUUUACCGUGGGGAUCAGUUACCUGGUCAUGUUCGUCUACGUCAGCAUUUUCUUGGCAUCCUACCGAAGUUGUCGGACGGUUUUUGUGGAUCUUCGAGUCACUCUGGGUCUUGGCGGCGUCCUCAUCGUCAUCCUCUCGGUUGUGGCCUCAGUUGGCCUGUGGAGCUACGCGGGAAAACCCGCGACGCUGAUCAUCAUCGAGGUGAUCCCGUUUUUGGUCUUAGCUGUCGGAGUGGACAACAUCUUCAUUCUAGUUCAUGAUUUCGAAUUUGACGAGCUAGAUGCAGACAAGCUGUUGCGAAUCGAAGCGCUUCGGGUCAGUUCUGUUCGUCUGAACCGGUCAGGCGUUCGUCACAACGGACAACCUGUUGUAAGUGAAGAUGUUGUCAUCGCAUCCACGAGUGAAAUGGCUCCGACGAUCAAAGGCUUGGUUGAAGCCCGGAUGUCUCGUACCCUGGGUCGCGUUGGACCGUCUUUGCUGCUGUCUAGUUUGACGGAGUCGGUGGCGUUUUUCUUUGGCUCACUCACCAGCAUGCCUGCCGUGCGGGUGUUCGCUCUGUAUGCGGGCGUUGCAAUUUUGUUCAAUUUGCUCCUUCAACUGUUCGCCUUCGUCGCUCUGUUCACACUGGACGCCCGGAGACGUGCGGCCAACCGAUUUGAUGUCUUCUGUUGCUGUGGUCUAAAAGACCCUGCGGAAUCCGUGAACCAUGUGAGGAAUGACCAAACUGAUGACUAUCCGGACAGAUUCGAACGCCGUGUGAGCGAAGUCGAUUCGGUAUCGCUCGACUCGAGUGCACUGGACGACGUGCAGCUUACCAAUACCGACUCGCCCAACCUCGGUGAACAUGAAUCCCAUUCGACACCCUGGCUGUACCGGUUCAUCGCCAACGUACUCACCCCGUUCGUCCUUUCUCGGUGGGUUCGUCCAAUCGUUUUUGUGAUCAGUCUUGCUUGGAUCUGCUUCUGUGUUGCCAUUAUCCCGAACGGAAUGCAUCUCGGCUUAGAUCAGCGCCUCUCUAUGCCAACUGACUCCUACAUGCUGAAAUAUUUCAAUGCCCUGUCCGAAGAUCUCCGUAUCGGUCCGCCGCUCUACUUUGUGGUGACCGAAGGACAUGUGUACAAUCGGACUGAGGGUCAAAACGAGGUUUGUGGCGGCGUCGGCUGUCCGCAAUCUUCGUUGAUGGGAAAAGUCAGUGACGCGUCGAAAAUGGCCUCCUACUCGUGGAUCGCACAACCACCAUCUUCUUGGAUCGAUGAUUAUUUUGAUUGGGUCGAUCCCGAUGGUUCUCCGAUGUGCUGUCGUGUUUUCCGAAAUAGCACAGAUCUGUGCCCGGCCAGUGAACCUCAGUCGAACUGUGUCACCUGUCCAGUUGAGCUGGUCGACGGUCGUCCGAAUGAGGCUGAUUUCAAUCACUACUUACCUGGUUUCCUCGAGCAAAAUCCCACAAUGGACUGUCCAAAAGGUGGUCGAGCACCCUAUCGUGUCGCGGUUCCACUCGAUACUCAAAAUCAAACCAGUUCCACCUACUUCAUGACCUAUCAUUCGGUGUUGAGUCAACCGGAUGAUUUUAUCAACGCUCUCCGCGGCGCUCGUCGUGUGGCCGAUGAGAUUAAUCAGGAAUGGCGAGCAAACAACUCCGAUCCGGUGGACUCGAAAACCCCCCCACGCAACUCUGUUUACGCUUAUAGCGUCUUCUACGUUUUCUACGAGCAAUACGUGACCAUCGUCAACGAGGCACUCAUCCAAGUCGGCGCUUGUCUGUUGGCCAUCACCGUCGUCACAUUUCUUCUUUUGGGUCUGAAUCUGAUCGCCACUCUUAUGGUCGUGCUUGGUGUGGUCUUCAUUGUACUCAGUAUGCUGGCGCUCAUGGUUUUGUGGCAUAUCGAUCUAAACGCAUUGUCACUGGUCAACUUGGUCGUGACCAUCGGGAUCGGUGUGGAGUUUUGCGCCCAUAUUGUGCGUGCGUUCACUGUGAGCCUCGAACCGACCCGACUGGAACGUGCCAGAAGCGCGUUGACCGACAUGGGAAGUUCGAUCCUCCGUGGUAUCACUCUCACGAAACUUGGUGGGAUCGUGAUUCUUGCUUUCUCCAAGUCGCGACUAUUCCAGGUGUUCUACUUCCGCAUGUAUCUGGGCAUCAUUGUUUUCGGUGCGAUCACCGGUCUCAUUGUUUUGCCCGUUCUUAUGAGUUACUUCGGUCCCGGACUGAACAAAGCGGUUGCCGCCAAACACAAACGACAUCUGCACGAAGUGGAUUUACUCGAACACCUGCCUCCAAUCACGAUCGAUGUACCACGCACUAUUACUGUUCUCAAUUAGGUGCUCGGCUGAGCACACCGGACUUUUCGCCCCCUCGCCCCCCGUCAUUUUUAACCACUAUUUUCCUUCAUUCGUUGUACUUUUCGCGAUACUUUUGCAACAUAUGAAUAUCCGUGUGUUUUUCCUCUCUCUCACUUACCUCAGUCAUCAAAAUUCAUGAUUGUGAUUCGCAUGGAGAUGAUGUCUCCAUCUUUUCUGCUCCUCACUUUGAUUCGAUGGAUUUCCCAUAGUGUGUCAUUGAAAGCAUAAUUCUUCUCUUUUUGUGUCUGAUAUCGCUACUCAGAUAAAGCUCCCUCCACAGCGUCGUACUGAUUUUUUCCCGCGUGGUGA